GAAACACUAUUUUAAUAAUAUUUGCUGAAAAGAUCUAGGAAAGAAAAAUAUCGAAGAAAGAAGAAGAUAAAUACUACAAAAAGAAAGACUGAAGAAAAUUAGCACUCACCAAUCGAAAAAAAUAAAUAAAAAUCAAGCCGAUACCACCAGAUUUGGAUUUCCGCCGCCGCGCAUGGCCUACGCCGCCGACGACGGGACCACCGUCAGCGACCUCCCUGACGUGAUCCUCUCGAACAUAAUCGCCGCCGUGUCGGAUGUCCGCAGCCGCAACUCCGCCGCCUUGGUGUGCCGGAAGUGGUGCCUCCUGGAGCGCGCCAGCCGCGCCGCCCUGAGCCUCCGCGGCAACCUCCGCGACCUCUUCAUGGUCCCCACCUGCUUCCCGUCCGUCUCCACCCUCGACCUCUCACUGCUCUCCCCCUGGGGCCACCCGCUCAGCUCCGCCUCCGACCCCGCCCUCAUCGCGCACCUGCUCCGCCACGCCUUCCCUUCCCUCUCCUCCCUCACCUUCUACGCCAGGAACCUCUCCACAAUCCAGCUCGUCGCUUCUCAGUGGCAAAACGUCGAGCACGUUAAGCUAGUGCGGUGGCACCAGCGCCCCCAGGUCGCCGCCGCCGGCGACGAGCUGAGGAUGCUCUUCUCCGAAUGCCGCCGCCUCAAAUCCCUCGAUCUCUCCUCCUUCUAUUGCUGGACAGACGACGUGCCGCCGGCGCUGGAGUCGCACCCCGCGCUCGCCUCCAAUCUCACUCGUCUCGAUAUAUUGAAUCCGUCGUUCUCGGAGGGUUUCAAAUCCGACGAGAUCAAGGUCAUCACCAAAUCGUGCCCUAACCUGAGGGAAUUCAAAGCCGUCUGUAGGUUCGAUCCGCGGUACAUCGGAUUCGUCGGAGACGAUGCCCUAGUUUCUAUAUCAGUUAACUGUAAAAAAUUGGGGAUACUUCACUUAGCCGAUACAUCGGCGCUGUUGAACGCGCGUGGCGAUCCCGAGCACGACGGAUUCACGGCGGAGGACGCGAGUAUCAACGUGGCCACCUUGAUCGAGAGCUUCUCGGGUCUGCCAUUGCUGGAGGAGUUGGUGCUGGACAUUUGCAACAAUGUCCGAGAUAGUGGCGCGGCGUUUGAGGUGCUCAAUUCGAGAUGCCCUAAGUUGAGAUCGCUCAAGCUGGGGAAUUUCCAUGGGAUCUCGAUGCCUAUUGAGUCGAAGUUGGACGGCGUGGCGCUUUGCCAAGGGCUGAAAUCGCUGUCGAUUAGGAAUGUGGCGGAUUUGGAUGAUAUGGGUUUGAUCGGAAUAGGUAGAGGUUGUUGCAGAUUGGCCAAGCUGGAGGUUCACGGCUGCAACAAGAUCACGACGAGAGGGAUGAGGACUCUGGCUUCCUUGCUUCGUAGGACUCUGGUUGAUGUGAGAAUCUCCUGCUGCAGAAACCUCGCUGCGCGCCAGUCCUUGAAAGCGUUGGAGCCCAUACAAGAUCGGAUCGAGAAGCUUCACAUCGAUUGUAUUUGGGAUUCGGCGCAAGAACUCGAGGAUCUAGAUGGAGUUGGUUUUGAUCUCAACUGCUUGGAUCAAGGCGAUGCGUCGAUUCACCAGCCUGCGAAUUCGGAUUAUGAUUAUGAUUAUGAUUAUGAUGGAUUGAGCAAGGCGAGCAAGAGGUGCAAGUAUUCAUAUGAUCUGAAUUUGGAAUUGGAUGUGAAUAGCAAUGGCAAUGUACAUGGUGUGAGGGCAUGGGACAAGUUGGAAUACCUUUCGCUGUGGAUUGCGGUGGGGCAGCUCUUGACUCCUCUGGUGUCAGCGGGGCUCGACCACUGCCCGAAUCUCGAGGAGAUUCGGAUCAAGGUGGAAGGAGAUUGCAGGGAGAUGUCGAGGCCGAGGGAGCGCGAGUUCGGGCUGAGCAUGCUCGUCAGCUAUCCUAAGCUGUGGAAGAUGCACUUGGACUGCGGGGACACCAUCGGGUACGCCCACACGGCGCCCUCGGGGCAGAUGGAUUUGAGCCUGUGGGAGCGGUUUUACCUGAUCGGGAUCGGGCACCUGAGCCUGACGGAGCUCGACUACUGGCCGCCGCAGGACCGGGACGUGAACCAGAGGAGCCUCUCCCUUCCGGCGGCGGGAUUGCUGCAAGAAUGUUUCGGGCUUAGGAAACUGUUUAUACAUGGGACUGCACACGAGCAUUUUAUGAUGUUCCUGCUGAGGAUCACAGAGUUGAGAGAUGUUCAGCUGAGAGAAGACUAUUACCCGGCGCCGGAGAACGAUAUGAGCACGGAGAUGAGGGCGGACUCGUGCAGCCGCUUCGAGGCUGCUCUUAAUCGGCGGCGGAUUUCGGAUUGACUGUUUUCCGAUGUUGUGUUUUAUAUAUUUCGAGUUCAGUGACACAUUUUUAACAUCACUUGUAUAACAAAAUUUUGCCAUUUGAAUCACGUGAGUCUACUGUUUCAUUCACUCA